AUGCCCCCCAGGAAAGCGCGCAAUACUUCGCCUGCGGCUGAACGUCGCGAGCGUCUUACUCUGGCCAAAUUGGCCAGUUAUGACGACGUCGCAACCGAUGCGCUGGUAGACCAUGCCUACUUCUGGACCACAACUCGCAAGAACCGCACUAAGUACAGUCCCGCACGCGGUAUCCACGACGACGACAUUGGGCGCAUUCUCCUCCAUGAUGUUAUCGUCAAGAAGGACCUACCGGCCGCCGAACGCAAGUUGUUGGAGAUAUCAGGCCUCAAGAAAUACCUCGCCAAUCUCCGCAGCCCGCGUGAAAAGGAGUGGUUCCGCCGACAUCUCCGCAAGUACAUUCAGAUGUAUCUUCCAGAUUCUCCCUUCGAGGUUACCACAACCAACCGAUACAUUAUCACACAACACGAGGCUGCUAUUUGCGCUCGCAGGUUCAUCAAGAAGGGCGAGGAGAUCAAAUACCUUGCUGGAACCCUUGUAUCGAUGACGCACGAAGAGGAACUGGAUCUUGGCCUCACGCGCAAAGACUUUAGCAUUGUGAUGUCCAGUCGUCGCAAGACCCCAUCAUUCUUCCUGGGCCCCGCGCGCUUCGCUAAUCACGACUGUGACGCCAAUGGGAGUCUGACCACGCGUGGGAAUGAGGGCAUGUCUGUGGUUGCGAUGCGCACUAUACACGAGGGAGAAGAAAUUACGGUUUCUUACGGAGAAGAUUACUUUGGCGUUGACAAUUGCGAGUGCUUAUGCCAGACCUGCGAGCGGCUCGUUCGGAAUGGAUGGGCUCAAAAUGCCGAUUCGGACGCCAACAGCAGAGAAUCCAGUCCCGUGUCUGAUGUUGCAUCUGUGAACGAUAGCACCACAAGCAGGAAACGUCGCCGCAGCCCUCAAGUCGAUGAUUCGGACAACUCCUCAACCGUGUCUUGUUCCACCCCACGUAAGCGGGCGAAAUUCCAGCGACAGGUUUCCAAACUACGGAAAGAGAUUUCGGCUGCUGAACUUGCUGGUGAAUCUGUGCCCACCCCUGAAUCAGACGCUACUCCUGUCCCGGAAACUCUGCUCAUUCCAAGUACUAUCUUAUCCCAUACUUCACCUCAGGUGGCGAAGUUGAAGGGUGACCUCGCAGAACUGACUGCGGAUCAAUCACCCGGCUCACAAACACCGCUCUCCAUCACUGCAGAUUCGACCCAGCCCGAAGCAGCCACUAUUACAGACACAAUUGGGGGAAAUCAAGCAAAUGGAACUGACACUACGGAAUAUGACUCUCCUCACUCCGACGCCGACGAAUCUCACCGAUCGUCGAUUUCGACUUUGCCCACAACUGUGGACGAAGUUGGAACGAAAGUCAAAGCCGAGGAGGUCGCAUCAGAACCAAAUCAGGCCGAGGCACCUAAUGGCAAUAGUCGCUCUGAGGCUUCCCCAGAAGGCCGGAAUGACGCUGCUGAAGCCAACACCGAAAAACCAAAAGCGCGAAGGCCCUACACAAAACGGCGAUUCAUCGUGGACUCCGUCGAGACCGACUCCCAAGUUGCUCGAGUGCCUGGUGACUACACCAAGACUUCACGACUCCUUGCGCAAAAGUAUGAUCGAUGGGUAGAGUGUCAAACAUGCGAUUCCUGGUUCCUACAGUCAAACUCUUACCUGACUCGCCGUGAAUGCCCACGCUGUGAGCGCCAUUCCAAACUCUACGGAUUCCAAUGGCCAUACACCGACAAGAACCCCGACGGUGAUGAUCGCGUUAUGGACCACCGCACCAUUCACCGAUUUUUGUCCCCCGAUGCUCAAUCGCGCAUUAGCCGACGAGACCGCGGUGUCAGCUUCGGCAUCACCCCCACGCCUGAGCUGUCUGACACGCAUACUCCAGAAACGGAGACCAGCGACGCUAAUGAGUCGAAGCGAGAUGCGAGAGCAUCUCGCCGGCGCACCAGGGAGCUGCGUAUGACUAUGUAA